GAAAUACAAUUUAUGAUAUGUUCACUGGUUGUCUAUGUAGUGAUCUUCAACAAAAUCACUAUAGUAUAAAGCAAAAAUGAAAUUUGAAGAGAACGGUUUGAGAGAGGAGGAGAGCGGAUGUGUUGUGGCCGCCGGGAGAUUCCCACGACUUCGGCGUCCACCACAGAGGCUCAGAUUUCCAAAGAAAAAUAAUCUUUCUCAAUCCACCACUAAACAAGAACAAGAAAGACAGAUCAUCUACCAGGAGAUCCCUGACCCUAAAUGGCUUGAAUUUAAGCCAGAUUACAAGCCAAACCAAGUCCCCACUAACUUGACUACCAAGGACGUUCCUGUUGAACAACCUAAAAAGAACAAGAAAAAUAAGACCAAAAAGAAUCAAAAUAAAGAUAAUUCCACUGUAAAUAAUGAGAAAAAGAAAAAAACAAAAAA